CGUCCCUGAAAAGUGAAAACCACCCAAGAACUCAGGUACCACUACCUCUCCAUCCAUGGACUCCCUUCCUCAACCGCAAAACCACUCAUCUCCGGCGAAAAUCCUCCUCGGAAAAUACGAGCUAGGCCGCCGUCUCGGCAGCGGAAGCUUCGCGAAAGUCCAUUUAGCUCGUUCCAUCGAAACCCACGAGCUCGUCGCCAUCAAAAUCAUCGACAAGAAGAGAACCAUCGAAUCCAACAUGGAGCCAAGGAUCAUCCGUGAGAUAGACGCUAUGCGUCGUCUCCGUGACCAUCCCAACAUCCUCAAGAUCCACGAGGUCAUGGCGACCAAAUCCAAAAUCUACCUCGUCAUGGAACUCGCCGUCGGCGGCGAGCUUUUCUCCAAACUCCUCCGCCGCGGCCGUCUUCCCGAAUCCGCCGCGCGUCGUUACUUCCAGCAGCUCGCCUCCGCGCUUCAGUUCUCCCACCUCCACGGCGUCGCUCACCGCGACGUGAAGCCGCAGAAUCUCCUCUUAGACAGGGAAGGGAACCUCAAGGUCUCGGACUUCGGCUUAUCCGCUUUGCCGGAGCAUCUCCGAGACGGAUUGCUCCACACGGCGUGCGGUACGCCGGCGUACACGGCUCCGGAGAUUAUAUCGCGGCGAGGAUACGACGGAGCGAAGGCUGACGCGUGGUCUUGUGGAGUGAUACUGUACGUUCUUCUCGUCGGAUACGUUCCUUUCGACGAUUCCAACAUUGCUUCAAUGUAUCGGAAGAUUCAGCGGAGAGAGUAUCGUUUCCCGAGCUGGAUCUCGAAGCCAGCGAGAUCGAUUAUACAUCAGAUGCUCGAUCCUAAUCCUGAGACGAGGAUGAGCAUAGAGGCGGUUACGAAUACAACCUGGUUCAAGAAAUCGUUAACCGGUUCUGAAUUGGAUUGUAACGUCCUCGAACCGGAACCGGUUAUUGAGAAAUCGAGUUCGAUCACGGCCUUUGAUCUCAUCUCGCUUUCGUCGGGCCUAGAUCUCUCCGGAUUGUUUGAGGUUAAGAGAAAGAGAGAGAGGAGAUUCACGGCGAAAGUAUCUCAACUAAUAGGUGCACAUUCUCAAUAAUAUCACAAAAUGAAAGUAUCACAAAAUGAAAUUGUUAAACAAUACUUCAAGCUUAAAGUAUCUCAACUAAUAGGUGCACAUUCUCAAUAAUAUCACAAAAUGAAAUU